ACUGUGACCAUGAACUGGACAUUCACUUGCUGCCGAUUGAUUGAUUGAUUUCUGUGUCCCUCUUCUGUACAUACAACAUGAUUGAAUUCCACGACCACGGCGGAAUACUGUAAAUUUUGACUACAAUAUAAGUCGGAAGUUGGGUUAUUCUUUCAGUCGUCGCUUAGGUGACCGUGUUAUUAUUCUGAGCGGGAAGGACAUCUGACCGCUUCAUCGACUGGUACGACGAGUUGUUUCAGUCGCCUCCAGGCACACUUUCAUAUUGGGGUCCUAGCAGUAAGGGCUGGAGUUUGAAGCCGUAACCAGCAGCAGGCUGCGGGUCGCUGUCCUCGGGCACCGCAACAACCUCCUCCGCCAGACAGAGCGCCCGCUAUGAGGUCCGGUGCGCUGAGCGAGGACAGGCGGCGAGGGGAGAGCAGUCGGCCGCCGUCCCGCUCCUGAGUGACACCUCCGGCGCGCGCGCGUGCGUCCGCGCGGCUGACUGAGCUCGAGCCCGCAAGGGCGGGAGCGUGUGAUCGCGGGUCCGGGAGCAGAGCGGCGCAGCUGCUAUGGACUCCAGCGGGGUGACCAUCGGGGGGACCAUCGGAGUGUCCUUCCUGGACCCCCUGGACGAGUACGAGCUCAUGUACCGCAUCGGGAGCGGCACCUACGGGGACGUGUUCAAGGCUCGUAACAUCAAGACCUCUGAGCUGUCUGCUGUCAAAAUUGUUAAACUGGAUCCUGGUGAUGACAUCACCUCCAUCCAGCAGGAAAUCACCAUGAUGAAGGAGUGCAAGCACAAGAACAUUGUGGCCUAUUUUGGCAGCUACCACAGGAAUACCAAACUGUGGAUAUGUAUGGAGUAUUGUGCAGGGGGGUCUCUCCAGGACAUUUACCAUGUUACAGGGCCACUGAAGGAGAAACAGAUUGCCUAUGUCUGCAGAGAAACUCUCCAGGGCCUUCAUUAUCUUCAUGAAACAGGAAAAAUGCACAGAGACAUUAAGGGGGCUAACAUCCUUCUAACAGAUCGAGGGGAUGUCAAACUUGCUGACUUUGGUGUGGCUGCAGAGAUCACUGCCUCAGUAGCCAAAAGGAAGUCCUUUAUUGGUACACCCUACUGGAUGGCACCGGAAGUGGCAGCAGUGGAGAAGAAGGGUGGUUAUAACCAUCUGUGUGACAUCUGGGCAGUGGGCAUCACGGCCAUUGAGCUGGCGGAGCUACAGCCACCCAUGUUUGACCUGCAUCCAAUGAGAGCCUUGAUGCUGAUGUCAAAGAGCAACUUCCAGCCUCCUAAACUCAAAGACAGAACCAAGUGGUCUGCACUGUUUCAUAGUUUUGUGAAGAUGGCCCUCACCAAGAAUCCCCGCAAGAGACCUACAGCAGAGAGGCUGUUGGAGCACCCGUUCAUGACCCAGCUGUUGACUCGGACUCUGGCCAUUGAGCUCCUGGACUUGGCCAGUAACCCUGAGCUCCAUGCUGCCUCGAGUCAGGAUGACAGUGACCCAGAUGCAUCUGAUGUCUCCCCUGAUAAGAUCAAGUCUGCAGGCAAACAGCGCACGGUGGAGAGGUCUCUAUCAGAGGAACAGUUUGACCAGCUGAAGUUUGGCCCCCCCAGGAGAAAAGUGACAGACCCCUGUCCAGAUCAGGGCCAUUAUGAUGAAUGGAGCUUGUCAGAAGAGGAAGAUGACUCUCCGAGCCUUUUGGAAUGUGUUGAGGAGGCCUUGCUGGAGAGGAGCCUGACUGUGAAGAAAGCGCCAUCUGCUGAGUACUGUUCUGCUGAAGAAGACAAGAAGUGUGAUGGGUUUAAAUGGUGUGGUCUGGUCAGUCCACCCCUGGUGUCCAGCACCUCCUCGCUGCCAGCCUUCAGCUCGGUGUGUCCAAGCCUGGAUGACAAAGACCUCACCUUGCGUCCCAAUGCCACCCUUGGCCAUGACUCUACCCUGCUCCCCAACUCCACCCCUGUACUGUCUAGGUGUUCUGCCAGCCAGGAUAUCAGAUUAUGGCGCAGUGACCCUUGUGCGCCUGUUGAGGGUGUCAUAAAGGACACGGAGAAGCCAGUGACUGUUACUGCUCCAGUCAGAGACCACCCUCUCUCCCCUGAAUGGGCCACCUUGAGAAGGAAGACUGAGGAAUCUAGAGCGGAUUGUCACGGGCUGCCGCCCACUCCCCAAGUUCAUAUGGGUGCCUGUUUCUCCAAGGUGUUCAAUGGCUGUCCCCUCAAACUCCACUGCGCUGUCACUUGGGUUCUCCCCAGGACCCGAGAUCAGUACCUCAUCCUAGGUGCAGAGGAGGGUAUCUAUACCUUGAAUCUCAAUGAGCUCCAUGAAGACACCAUGGAAAAGUUACUUCCUCAUAGGUGUUCCUGGCUAUAUGUCAUGAACAAUGUCCUAAUGUCCAUCUCAGGGAAGUCCAGCCAGCUGUACUCUCACAGCUUGACUGGCCUUUUUGAACAGCGGAGGCACCUGCAAAAGAGACAGGGCCAUCUGUCGUUAAGUACGAACCGCCUGACAGAGAGGAUCAUUCCCAGGAAAUUCGUGGUUUCUGUGAAGAUAGCGGAAACAAAGGGCUGUCGGAGGUGCAGUGUAGUGCGCAACCCCUACACUGACAGUAUAUUCCUUUGUGGGGCUGUUCCUUCUGGUCUGGUCCUACUGCUGUGGUAUGAGCCCCUGCAGAAAUUCCUGCACUUUAAGCAUAUAACUGUGACCCUUCCGGAGUCACUACCUAUCUUUGAGCUCCUGGUCGUGGAGACAGAUGAGCUUCCGCAACUGUGUGUGGGGGUGAGGAGGGCUGGGACUGGGGGUGAGCAGCAACCGGACAGUCUACAGCUGAAGUUUGACAUCAUCCACCUCAACAACACCACUAAUGCAGAAUCAGACAGCGAGCCCCUCCAGGCGGUGCAGGUGACUCAGUUAGACAGAGACACAGUCCUCAUUGCUUUGGAAGAUACGGUGCGGGUGGUAAACCUGCAGGGCUUUCCAUGUCAGGAUCUGGCUUCGGAGCUGGACUUUGGUUUUCGCAUUGAAACGCUGGUUUGUUUACAGGACAGUGUUCUGGCUUUCUGGAAGCAUGGCCUUCGUGGGCGCUGCCUGCAAUCUAGUGAGAUAACCCAAGAGAUUACAGACGAAAGCCGUGCAUUCCGGGUUUUGGGCACAAUCAGGGAUAUUAUCCUGGAGAGCACCCCUACAGGAAGCCCCUCUGCUAGUAGCAGCCUCUAUAUCCUCACGGGCCAUGAGAGCAGCUACUGAUCGAAAGGAUGAGAUGAAAGGGAGAAAGAGCCCAGGGGCUGGGGUGCACAGCAGGGCCACACACCAGGAGAGAGACAUGGGGUUAGCAGGAGUGUAUGUGUGUGUCUGAAAGAGGAAGGAGGCUGUGCCAUGUGUCAGGGAGAGUGGAGUCUAAACAGCCUGCGCAGACUGGUGUGCGCAGAGUAGACCUGAAAGGAGCACGCAGGUCCCCCUGCCUGGGCGCUGAAACAGAGCCAUAGUUCAUGGGUAUGAGUUCAGGUACAAAAGCCCAUGCAUACAAAUACACCGAUGCACAUGGAAACGGUGACGGAGGCACACUUGGAUGCACUCCAGGACACGCAGUCAAUAAAGCAGAGCACUGGAAAUGGUGCACUGUGAACUUUGAACAGCAUUGCUCUCAACCUGGAGAUGUGAACACAGGUUAAAAUGUCAGUCUGUGUCUGGUUAAGUUGAACUUUGAGGUUCCAGUAUUCCACAAAAUGCCCUGCUUUUACUCAAAGCCCUGCGACUGUUGAACAGAGUGGAGAGAACUGCAUCCUUUCAUUAGGACUGACUACUCUCUGCAGAGGUGCUCUUUACCUGCAGAGGGUGCUGUGUUUUUUUUGGGUUUUUUGCUCUUAAUGAAAAGAAUGUAUGAUAAAAUAUAUUAG